UGCCAUCCGUCAGUUUUUAAUGCACUGCCUUAAAAUUUUACAACAGUGAAUCUAAAACCGUUUUUCAAACUAUGAGGCAUAACUCAUGCUUAUGAAUUUUAAAUUCAAUUUUUAUUGCAAAUACCAUAUUUGAAAAAUAUGUUUUGCUAGCAAAUGAAACAAUAACGAUAACAUAAAUUUGAUGCUAAAGGCAAAAUGUUUUUUUUUAUUUAAUUAUUAUUAUUUGCAACUCUAUGGUAAUGCAAUGCAUUUCACACCACAUAAGGCCACCUCCACACUAUGCUAGUGUAAUGCAUUUCACACCACAUAAGGCCACCUCCACACUAUGCAAUUUAUAAUAGCGUUCACACGAUAAAUUAAUUUAUGCACUUAUUCUCGCCACCCAAUCAGUCUUAAAUGACAGGCAAACAAACAAAAAAAAAAUCUUCAACAGACUAAUUUCAGGAAGAUGACUCGCUACAAUGCCUUAAAAAAGACUGCGGCCUUACACCCAAACCGCUACCCACUUUCUUGCACGCUGUGCAAGGGAAAGCAUCCAUUGCGGCUCUGCUCGUCCUUCCGGGCCAAGACACCGGAAGAGCGCCUACGGGAGGCACUCAUAGGCAAAUACUGUGUCAACUGCCUUGCGGUCAACCACAGGACAGCGAAUUGCUCCAGCGACGCACGGUGCCGGCGCUGCCACGAGAAGCACCACACAAUGCUGCACAUCGGGGAGAAUACCCGUCGCCGCCCCGCAGUCCCUCAAAACACUUCAUGGAGCGAACAAAUGAGUUCCGAUGAUGCUCUCUCCAUCUAUGCGUCAGACCCUGGAACGGAGACUAGGCCAGAACCGGAGGAGGGAGAACGAUUUGAAACCGGAGCGGAAACACGGCCUUUCCGCCCAUCACAGCGAGGGGAAACGGAAACCCGGACUUUCCGCCCCCUUCUGCGACACGAACGUCGUUCGCUCAAACGCCGUCUGCACCGUCGCCAAGCGCACAACCCGGCCAGACUGGAGACCAGGUCUCUCCAGCUUCACCGGGCUAGCUCCUUUAGAGCCGGGCUAACGGCUCCUUCUUUGCUGCCAACGACAGCCAUUUUACCGACGGCGGUGGUAAAGAUCGAGGCAAGAGGACGCCUACAUUUAGUCCGGGCUCUCAUAGACGCAUGCGCCCCUACGUCGCUAAUUGCACGCGACCUUUUAAGGGAACUGCAACUAGUGCAGACUGAUAUCGGUGGUCAACGCGGCUGCCUUUUAGUACUGCGAGGCAGACAUGGGACGAAUACCCGCAUAUCGACGCAUGUAAGGGUAAUGCACAACUAUAUGCGUAUCAGCCCGACCACCACGCUGGACUCCGACCUAGCAGCCCCAUACACCCACAUCAAACUGGCGGAUCCAAACUUCUACAAGUCGUCGCCGAUACGCUUGGUGCUCGGCGCGGAUGUAUACUCCCGCAUCAUGACCCAACAGGUCAUGCCACAAACGUUUGGGCAGCUUCUCGCUCAGGGCUCCAUUUUCGGCUGGGUGCUUUCGGGUACGGCCCGGUACUAAG